AUGCUUCUGCCUGGGCACGCGCGCCCGCCGCCCGCGCCGCAGCCCGCGCAGCAUCCUGGACCCCGCAGGCAGGUAGAACCUCCCGGGCAGCUCCUGCGUCUCUUCUACUGCACUGUCCUGGUCUGUUCCAAAGAGAUUGCAGCGCUCACGGACUUCUCCGGUAAGAAGCAACCUCCCUCGCCCUGCGCCCCCGGCGCCACAGGGGCACAGCCGGGUUAUCUAACCAAACUCCUGCAAAACCACACCGCCUAUGCCUGUGAUGGGGACCAUUUGAAUCUACAGUGCCCUCGGCAUUCUACGAUAAGUGUCCAAUCGGCAUUUUAUGGGCAAGAUUAUCAAAUGUGUAGUGCCCAGCAGCCUGCCUCCCAGAGGGAAGACGUGGCCUGUGUGGCUCCCACCACAUUGCAGAAGGUGCUGGACGAAUGCCAGAACCAGCGGGCCUGCCACCUCCUGGUCAAUAGCCGUGUUUUCGGACCUGACCUUUGUCCAGGAAGCAGUAAAUACCUCCUGGUCUCCUUUAAAUGCCAACCUAAUGAAUUAAAAAACAAAACCGUAUGUGAAGACCAAGAGCUGAAACUGCACUGUCACCCUUCCAAGUUUCUCAACAUCUACUCGGCGAGCUACGGCAGGAGGACCCAGGAGAGGGACACCUGCGCCUCAGAAGCAGAGCGGCUCCCCCCCUUUGACUGCCUGUCUUACUGGGCUUUGCAAGUAUUAUCCAGGAGGUGCUACGGGAAGCAGAGAUGCAAAAUCAUGGUCAACGAUCACCAUUUCGGGAGCCCCUGUCCGCCAGGAGUGAAAAAAUACCUCACUGUCACCUAUGCCUGUGUUCCCAAGAACAUACUCUCAGCGAUUGAUCCAGCCGUCACUAACGUAAAACCUUCUUUGAAGCAGAAAGAUGGUGAACAUGGUAUAAACUUUGACCCAAGCAAACCGAGGGUUCUGAGGAAAGACGGCAUUAUUGUUAGCAACUCUCUGGCAGCGUUUGCUUACAUUAGAGCCCACCCAGAGAGAGCUGCGCUGCUGUUCGUGUCCAGCAUCUGCAUCGGUCUGGCACUCACAUUGUGUGCCUUGGUCGUCAAAGUGUCCUGCACCAAGGACUUCAGGGAGCUGCAGCUGGUGAGAGAGCAUCUGGUGCCAGAAAGUGACAAGGCUGAGGAAGACAGCGAGGAUGAGGACGGGGAGGAGGACUCCUCUGACUCCGAUUUUCCAGGAGAACGGUCUGGGUUCUGUAGGACUUCGUAUCCUGUCUACAGUUCCAUAGAGGCUGCAGAGCUGGCAGAAAGGAUUGAGCGUAGGGAACAAAUCAUCCAGGAAAUAUGGAUGAACAGUGGUUUGGACACGUCACUCCCAAGAAACAUGGGCCAGUUCUACUGAGAAAGAGACACGUCUUCAUGUGACCACACUUUCUGAAGAGGGAAGGAUCCAAAAUGCCCCUCCAGUUCUGUUUCACUUGUACCUUCUAUGAAGGAGUAUUUGUCAUGUCAUCCAAUACUGGUGAAGCCAGAAGCCAUUAAAGGGACAUUUCAAACAGUUUACAGCACAU